AUGAUUGGUUCUGUGAUCGAGCAAUCGUCGUCCGACGAGCACGUAGCAGUGCAACAAACGCAUAAAUUCUGUUGUGCUGACAUUGUUCAGAAGCCGGACCCGGAAAAAGCCGUCCAACUUUCAUCACUGAUCACAUUUUGCGUUGGCGUAAUACAAGUGAUUUUGGGGCUUUUAAAUGCGGGCCUGUUAGCUGUGUGGUUAUCAGACCAGCUAGUCGAAGGUUUAACAUGCGGGGCAGCAAUACACGUGCUUGCAAGUCAACUGCAAACAAUGACUGGUGUAAAGAAUUUGCCGAGAACAUCCGACAAUUUCGGGAUUGUCCGAGUAAGUUACUACUUUUUUAAAACAAAAUAA